AUGGCGUUGGGGUGUUGCGCCAUGUCUGCCAGCUCAUCGAGCCUGUCCGCGGACAGCGAAGUUUGAGCAGAGAAAUGGAGAAAUACCAUGUGCUGCAAAUGAUAGGGCAAGGCUGCUUUGGCAAAGUCUUUAAGGGACGUCGAAAGCAGACCGGGAAGAUUGUUGCCAUGAAGUUCAUUUCCAAGCGUGGGAAGCUGGAGAAGGACCAGGAGAACCUGCGGCAUGAGAUCGGAAUUCUGCAAAGGUUGGAUCAUGAGAACAUCAUCCUUCUCUUGGAUUGGUUCGAGACCGAGAAUGACUUUGUUGUCGUGACGCAAUUCGCAUACGGCGAGCUCUUUGAGAUCUUCCAGGAUGAUAAGCACUUGCCCGAAGCACAGGUCAGCAACAUCGCUCGACAGCUCGUGAGAGCAUUGAAUUACCUUCAUUCGCAACAAGUGAUUCACCGGGAUAUGAAGCCUCAAAAUGUCCUCGUGAGUUCCAAUGGCACCGUCAAGCUGUGCGAUUUCGGCUUUGCACGCGCUUUGUCAACAGAAACGACGGUGCUCACCUCCAUCAAGGGAACUCCUUUGUACAUGGCGCCUGAAUUGGUUCAGGAGAAACCUUAUGACAGUGGUGUCGAUCUGUGGUCUUUGGGAGUGAUUUGCUACGAGCUGUUUGUUGGCGAGCCACCAUUCUACACCAACUCCUUGAUUUCUCUGGUUCAACUAAUUAUACAGAAGCCAGUGCACUACCCAGACAAAAUCUCCUCAACCUUUCGGUCAUUCCUGAAAGGCUUGCUGCAGAAAGAUCCCAAAUGUCGCCUCACAUGGCCUCAUUUGCUUGAUCAUCCGUUUGUCAGAGAGGAGCCUCGUGUGACCGCAAACUCUGCGUGCCCAGAUCCCAAGGGCCACAAGGUAUCGAGCUUGCGGUCUGCAGCUGCAACUGGCACCAAGGGGAUUAAAACUCUUGAAACGCUGCCCGACCAGCCUGUGUGCCCGUGGAAAGCUAUGGAACCGUGGCUGGACUUUUUUACGGAGGCUUCCGCCUCAGCUGUGCCGCGGGGCGAGCAAUAUGGUCACAGCAGCGAGCCUUUGAAUGAAGACUUUGCGGACCUUUGUGUGAAAGCUUUGGAGCUUUAUUCAGACGUCUUGGAGAGCCGGCUUUUGAGCAAAGAGCAUCCCAAAGUCGAGCGGCAAGGGUUGGAGCUCUGCUUGGAAGGCGAGAAAAGGGAUGCCGGGAAAGGACGAGAAGCAAAAGGAAAACACAAGGAGUCGGCCUUGUCUCUUCCACUUUCUUCCCUGCUGCGGGGCUUAGUGCACAUCUUCAGCCAAGCUUCUCCGUCCGCUGUGUUCUCGCGCCUGUUGGUGUCAAGGAUAGGUGCACAACUUUUGAGAUUAAUGAAAUCCUUGGCAUCCGAUGCCCGGAGUUGGGGUCCAGCAUGGGAUGUCCUCUCUGAUCUUACACGGCUCUUGGGCCUUUGGUUGAGAUCCUUGCUGACCAUGGGGAUGACAAAGCUCUGCAAUGAGUUGCUUUGUGCGGAUGGAAUCCUGCUCCAGUUUCUGGAGAUUGCACCAUCUCUGAUUCUGCACUCGAAGGAGCCCCAUGUGUCCCCAGAUCAGUGGUGCACACAACAGAUGGGUGUCAGCAUCAAUUCAGUGAAGUGCUUAGGGGUUGUUUUCUCGCAUUUGUCGACUGCAACAUUGGCAUCGCCAGACUCCGCCUUCGUGACAGAGCUCUUUCGAGGUCUAGAUCAAAACACCAUGAUAGUGGAGCGCAACAAAGCUAGCAGAAGAGCUGCAGAGGCCGUCGCCGUCUUGUGCUUGUGCUUGCGAUCGCAUCCCAAAGUGUUCAAGGCAUCAUCGUUCCCCACCCUCUCAGUCCAGGAUUCUGAGAAGAUGACCCGAGCGAUCUUGCAAGCUCUGGCGGCUUUAGUGCAUCCGCCAUUUGGACAAGGCAAUGUCCCCUGGAGUCACAAUGCCUCAACACGUCGUAUAUCGAUUCGAGGAGCGCUCGAGGUCAUCCAUCUUGCCUUGCGACGAAGUUUGGGAAAAUCCACCGGAGAAAUUGCUGCUGUGCUUUGGGACCUCCGACAUGCGGGGGAUCGCUUGGACACGUCAGCCUUGAAGCUCCUCAUUAGCCUUCUCAGUGUUUCACAUGAGAUGUGCCGACAACUUGCCCCAAACCUCACAGAUAGCAUUGGCAGUGGCUUCACCAAUGGCAGCGUCCUGACAGCCAUCGAGGCCAUCUGCAGGCACGAGCACAAGGUCCUGUGGCCCACGGUGGGGAUGCUGCUCUCAGUGCACAUUCAUUGUCUAAGGCCUUUUGGUGGGGACAAGCCCAGUGUCAAUGGACACCUUACCACAUCUCCAGUACCUCCGUGGUGCAACCUUACGACGAUGCAAGCAAUCAUUUCUUGCCUUCCAUUUGCUCCUGGCACGUGCCAACCAGAUGUGAUCUCUUUGCUUUGCCGCUGCUAUGCGCUGGAGCUGAUUGCAUCCAUGGGCUUCAGCUUGAUGUCAAGCAAGGAGACCCAUGGCCAGAUGUGCGAGGCGAUGAGUGGAGUCUGGGAGACGUUCACGGUGCUUCUCGAAACAGCAAGACCUAUGGCCCAGCAGCUGAUGGACGAGAUCCAGCGAACAGAGGGUGCUCCAAAUGGCUAUUUGGUCCGUGGCCCGUUGGAUGGUGUCAUCGCUGUGGCGUCACUUCAACAGUCAUUGGCACCAGGCUCGGCACAAUAUGUGCAGUUGGUCGUUCACGCCGUGCUUGCAGAGCCUGAGAAUUGCUUGGCCAUAAUGGGCCCCGGAGCAUUGCUGAGGUUCUUAGACAUGUUCGUGGCAUCGCAGGACUUUCUGGAACCUUCAAUCGCCACAUUGAAAUGUGCAUUGUCCAUCUUAUCAGCCUUGCAGUGCUUGAGCAAGCUGCCUUUGGAAGAGAUCCCUGAUAUGCCCGAAAUGGCGGUGGCCUUUGAGGCGGCACUCUCUCCCAUCAUUCACCUCCUGCAGCUGGUGGAGCGGGGCAAGUCGGAAAUACCUCAGCAGUUUCAACGGUACCGCACUGUGGCUACUUUAGUGAGACUGUUGGAGACGUCGUUUGAGCAAGGCCAAGGCAGUCGAACUUCGCCAUGCUUAUGCACUGCACUGCACCUCCUUACUGUCAUGGUGCUUGAACACCCUUCACUGGCAAAGGAAUUUGUGAAGCAUGAAGGCGUGCAGGUGCUGAGGAGCAGGAAACUUCUUUCCUCCGACCUAGUUUUCUCUGAAAAGGGUGCAGCCGUUGUGACCCACGUUCUGGUGAUCUUAUCUCAACUGGCGCGUUUGUCUGCUGACUACUACCCGCUUUUGUUUAGCAUGGAUAUGUGUCCUGCCCUACGAGAACUACUCUCAUGUGGGAAUCCAGCCAUCCGAGCCAAAGCCUGCAAUGCAGUGGGCAACAUGGUGCGUCAUUCGGAUUUGUUCUACAAAACCAUGAAGCAGGCCGGCAUCAUCAAGCAGCUCGUGCGGCUGUGCAGUGACAGCGAUGAUGCCUGUCGAAAGCUGGCCUCCUUUGCGGUGGGUAAUUUUGCCUUCCACUCAGACGAGCUCUACGAAGAAUUGGCCCCUGCACUGCCGCAGUUGCUCUAUCUUCUGCGAGACCCUGAAGAGAAGACACGCGCCAACGCCGCAGGAGCGAUUGGGAACUUGGUGCGGAACUCUGACUUGCUUUGCCCAGUGAUCAUUCGCGAGGGGGCAUUGGAAGGUCUGUGCGGCAUCGUGAGGGCGCGCUGCCCACAGACGCCGGACCCGGUGAGCUUAGCGAAACUUGCGGCAGAUUCUUCUGUGAAGAUCGCCCUUUUCUCUCUUGGAAAUCUAGCCGUCCAUUCAGAGUGUCGCUCAGAGCUACGAGCCACAAAGGUGGUGGAGGUAUGCCACUUCUUGGUGAAUAUUUGCAGCUGCGAGGAUAUGGUGCACAAGUACGCCAAGCGUUUGUUGCAGAAGCUGGGGUUUGAGACGCUUCGCAAAAAGACAUGA